AAGCACAUUACAGAAUGUGGUAGAGCACAUCAGCACACGCUGAGGAGGAGGGAGGUGGAAAGGAGGAAGAAGGAAGGAGUAAAUAGGAGAAGGAUAUGGUGAAGCAGGUGAGGGUGGAGUUAAGAAAACACAGAAGGCUGAACGAAGACUAGCAGAGAGCACAUUGAUCCCCUGAGCCUGACAAAUCACCUGAGAACAACAAGACAAUGAAGCUCUGAACAGCCCAGCUGAGCCCGGACUCGUUCAGCAGGGAAGAUGUAUGAAAAGUGCCUGACCGCAGUAACAGGAUUUCACUUUUGAUUAUUUCUCGUUUGGCUGUUAAAAGUAAACUGCAGGUGGUGAGGAUGUCUUCAGACUUUCAGUGCAAAACUGGAGACGUUAUCUGUGAUAUCCGAGUGUACGAACAGGAGGUGAUCGUCGUGCCCGUCUUCCUGCUGGCCAGCUUUCUGAUAACUCUGGUCUUCAUUUUACUGCUGCGCUUCUGCCCAGAGAAGGUCGAUCGUAUCCGUCCAAAGUCAAAGGUCACUACCAGGAGGAUACUGCAUGGCAUUGACGCUCCAUCAGGUAUCAAUGUUCUGGAGCAUGAAAGCAUUGCUUUGGACAUGCCCAAUUCCUACUCCACCUUCCGGUCCCCGCACACCUACCUCAAUAAAGCAUUUUCCAAUUCUGUGGAGACACUCCCUCAACAUCCCAGCCCACCGCCACAGGAGACUUUCAAGCCCACUUUCACUCUCCCGCCGCAGCCCAGAGAGCUGCCCCGCCAGAGGCUCCCAGAGUCCUUCAACCUGGUCACGCCUCUCUCUGGCACCUUCUCCCUGCGCACAGACUCCUCCGUGUCCAUCUACAGGGCCCGUAUGGAAAACAGGAAUGUGGUACUGCGAGUGCUAAAUGACUCGGCUAAUGCCACAGAAAGGCACAACUUCCUGGGCUUUGCUUCCUUCCUGGCCCAGCUCGGACCACAUCCCUUCCUGCCUGAGCUCCUAGGUGUGGUGUCACUGCGAGCUCCCCUGGUUACAGUUGUGGAAGAACUGGAAAACAGAGACCUGCUCAGCUUCUUGUGGAGAUGCAGAGAGGACAAUGGGGAUCCGCCAUGUGAAAUGACAGAGAAACGAAUCUUUACCAUGGCAAACCAGGUGGCCAGUGCACUGGCGUUCCUUCACAGUAAAGAUCUUCUCCAUGGAAACAUCCGUGCCCGUAGUGUACUGAUCAGUAAGAUGUUCACAGCCAAGCUUUGGGGCCUGCAUGGAGUCUAUACACGAAAGAACCAAGGAGCCACGCAGAGGGAGGAUCCGAGCAUGAAGAAAUGGCAGGCACCAGAGGUGCUAGCCAAGAGGCCUGCCAGUGAGAAAAGCGACGUCUGGUCCUUUGGUAUCUUAUUGUAUGAAAUGACAACUUUGGGUGAAGCUCCGUUUGCAGAGAUCCCGGCUAAUGAGCUUCUGCAGUUUCAUCAGCGAGGAAAAAAUCUUAAAAAACCAUCUAACUGCUCCAACGCACUGUACACAAUCAUUAAAGGUUGCUGCCAGUGGAAGGAUCAAGAAAGACCCACUCUGGCUGAAGUGAGCAAGAAGCUGGCUUCAGGAGAGAAGGCGGCCUCUGACAAGGUCAUCAAGGCAUCUGGGACAGUUGACAUUGAGCAAUACCUUAAAGAAGCUGGAUACGGCGAAGCCAACAGCUACACUGUUUUCUGAUUGCAGCUAUCCUCAGCAAAAGCACUUUUACAAAACAAAAAAAUGAUGUUCAGAUGCAAUACAAUAGCUCAAAACUCUGGGUAUGAUCACUCUGGGAAUUGAAAUUGCUCCUUUUUCCUUCUUUCAACAGUUAACUUUGGGAAACAUUAGGUUGUUUUUUUUCUUUCUUUUUUUUUCCAAAUUUCAUUCAUGUGUCUUGCCUUUCCCAAUAUCUCUAAUGUUCAGUUGGUGAAAUAAAACCUCCGACUCGACAUUUGGACCCGUAAACCUGGCCGACGUACAGCUUCAACCUGAACCUGUGCUAAAUACUGUCCAUACAUGAUGGUUUGCUAAUUUUGUUUGAAGAUGCCAAUGUAUGUUCCAAUAUAUAUAUAUUUGCCACAUUUUUCAUGAUUUCGUAUCAGACAUAAGUGUGGAAAUGAAGGACCCAUUAAUGUAAUUUUGCCAUUAUUUCCAUUGUAAAUUAUGUUUACUGAUCAAGUUCAGUUUAUGUGAACAUGAAAAUCUCUGUUUA